CGUAGUUUAAUGACGUAUUGUUCGUUUGACUUUUGAGAUGGCCAAAAUAAAAGAAAAAGUGCAAAAAGACGAUAAAGAAGUGCUGUUAAUAGCGCAGGACAUUAAAUUUGCAAAGUCGCUGGCAUGUAAUAAUAAGAGGAUUCGAGAUCGAGCCCUAAAAGCCCUUAAAAAAUGGUUACAACUCCGACUGUUGAGAAUGCCUUUUACGGAAAAAGACUUCAUGAUAAUAUGGAAAGGCUUGUAUUAUCUUACGAUAUAG